AUGGAGGAACGACAGAUUAUUUCAUCAAAUGCUACACGCGCAACAGAUCUAUUUACACAACUUCAAAGCCUUUACGCUCCACAACGGACAAAAGGAACAAAAGAAAAAGCAACAAAAGACCAACUCACACGUAUUCGCCAAAGGCCUUUUCGUAUCGGCGAUUUUCCCUCCUCCGUUCAAAUAGACCUUCCAACCGAUGUGUGUGCAGUUGUUUUAAACCCGGACCUCACAAAACAACUCGAAGGGACAUUUUUCACGUUGAUAAAAAGCCCCCAUAUCACAAUUUCAAGAGAGUUUUCCCUCAGAGACCACCAAAUAUCGGUAUUUGUCCGAACGCUUCGGCGGCUUGUCCGAAGUAUUCCAGAGUUUCAAGUUUCUCUUACUGAUUUUGUUUAUCUCAAAAAUCCAGAGAACAACACAGAAUUUCUCAGUGUUGUUGCGGUUUCAGAGAGCUUUUCAAAACUUCUUGAUGUUGUUGACUCCGUUCUACUCGCUUUUUGUAAAGAGAAGUAUAAUGAAGAGAGAGUUGUCCACGCCUCAUUUUUUUCUCGUAUUAAAUCUCUCGAUAUUCCGCCACCGUCAAUCACAAAACUCGACUUCUCACCGUUUAUUGUCACUCAAAUUCGCUUCAAAGUUGGUGAUGUCAUUUACUCACUUCCUCUUCAGAUUGCAAAAUGA